AAAAGAAUAUGGUAAGAUAUGAUGCAAAAACACUAGAAAACCAGUUUAAAUCAGCAGCUUCGAUGAGAAUUAAGAGAAAAGAAAAAGGUAAUCAAGAUUAUGCUAAUGAUGCUGGUUAUUGGGAGGGAGGAGCUUGUAAUUGGGGUGGUAGUCAUAAUCUUAGAGGAGAUUGCGAAACAUUAACUCGAAGCUUUAGCAAGAUUGAUGAAUUAAAAAACACUGAGAAAGAAUUGACCGAUUGCACUAGCGAACAAGAAUUUAUCGCUACUAAAUCAAGGUUAACUAGACAAGCCGAAGAAAUAAUAGAAGGAUUGCAAGUAAAAACUGGAAAUUCUAGUUCUAUGUUUGAUUUUAUUGAUAGUAAAUUAAGACCUCUGCGAAAUGAAGUAAAGCAAUUACAAGAGAAAAUAAGCAAAAGCAAAUACAAAUAUUUUGCCGAAUUAAAAACUCUAAAGUUAGAACAAAGGCAGAUUGAACAAAGGAUGAAAGAUAACAAACAAAAAGCUACUAAUGAAAAAGAUCCUACCAAAAAAGCGGUUCUUUUACAGUUGAUUGAAGAAGAUGGCAAACAAUUAGAAACUAACUUAAAAAAACAAAAAGAAAUCCCCACUUCUAACUUAAAAUUUGAACCUGAUAAGUAUGUUAAUGAUUUGGUAAAUUCUAUGAAAGAAGCAAUUGAGAAAAGAGGAAACAACCCGACUACUUCUCGUAAUCCGAAAGCAUCUAAAAACUCAACUGAUUCUAGUAAUUCUGAUUCAGAAGAUGAUUUUCUUUCAGAAGAAGCAAGAAAAACGCCUGAUAACAACAAUCAAGAUGACCAUCAACUAACUAAUUGA